AAAUGUAAAACAUGUUGAAAUAGUUUCGAAAUUUGACGAAUGUAAUAAUAAAGAUCACAUUUUAUUCAUUAAACAAGCAAGGAUUCUACCAAAUAUUAAUUGGAUCAUGGAAGAACCAAUAAGACAAAAUGCAUCAAUAGCUUUACAUCGGUAUCUAAGUCAUAAUAUUACUGGAACAGAGAAACACGUAAAAACAAUCAGAAUGAUGAACAAUGCCAAAGACUACAUACAAACAAUGCGAAAUUGCACAUUUAUCACAAGUGGAAGUUUUGGAGAAGGGCUUGUGAUGAGAGGUAGUGAUUUAGAUGUCAUGUACGUUUGCAAAUUUGCUGAGGUGUGUGAGGACAAAAACAAUUAUUUUAAACCUAAUAUAACGUAUUUUGAAAUGGAAACUGAAGAUUGCCAACCAUGUUUCGUACGUCUACGUCUACGGUAUUUCACAGGUCGGUUUUUCUUCGGAAGAUUUUUAGAGGAGAUGGGAGGAAACUAUUAUCUUUCAAACGCUAAACUUAAAGAACAAAUGACAGACCUAAGAUGUCCAAAUAUUCACGGGCCAUGUUUGUCCGACACCAAUGACACAUUGGACAUUGCAUUGUGCUUUCGUAGUACGUCUUGGAUACCACAAGCAAAACAUUGGAUAACACGAUCAAAUAACUCGUGGCCAAGUUCCGAUGUUAAGCAGUCUAUUAUACAACACGGCGUUCUCUUUGUACCUAUAGGUGUAAAAGGAUCUCCUAAAGAAGAUUUAGAUUGGCGAAUAUCCUUUUCCGUGGCAGAAAAACUUCUUAUAUAUUCUUUUAGACAUACACAGUUCCUAUGUUAUGUUCUGAUGAAAAUUCUUCUCAAAGACGUUAUAGCUAUUGACCUGUCUUGUAAAGAACUGCUUUGUUCAUAUUUCAUGAAAACAAUUGUGUUCUGGAUAUCUGAAGAAUUACCUCCGUUAGUAUGGAAACCUAACAAUUUAAUACCAUUAUUUAUGAGAUGUUUCAGGAGACUUCUAUAUUUUGUUGAAUACUUAGUUUGUCCACAUUUCUUCGUUCCUGAGAAUAAUUUAUUUGAGAAUAAGAUAAACAAAUACGCACGUGAAAUACUCUUGAAUAAGCUGCAUAUUUUAAAUAGUUAUGGAUGGAAAUGCAUCUUAUUCUCAGACCAAAUCCCGAAUGGCCACAAACUAACAUCUGGAAUAUACAAAGAACAAAGUUGUUCACAUGUAGACAUUCGUAAACUAUUGUUCUCCCGAAUUUUCUAUAUUGCAUAUCAGGCUCAUAUGCGCACAUUUGAUUAUGAAAAAAAUACCAGCAGGUAUCGAGAUUCAAUCAGAGAUCUACAAACAACUAUAGACACAAAUUAUUUCACAGGAAAUUCUUAUGAGAAAUAUGUAUCUUACAACACGCUUGGCCUUACCUUUGAAUUGUCAGGCAACAAAAAAUCAGCAAAGCGAGCAUACAAGCAAGCUUUAAAAUUCAAACCCAGAAACAGAGUCGGAUGGUAG